AUGGAUUUCUUUCUACCCUUCAUGGGCGUACUCGGGUCCCAGGCAUUGCUUUCGGCUCGGAACAUCCUUGGCGCAGAGCAAAGCACCAAAACCACGUCCACGGAAAGCGCCAGCACAUAUCAAGACCCGUGGAGUGAUUCAUCCAUUGGGUCUUCGGAAUCCGACAAGCCUGCCGGUUCUACCAUGACGAGCGAAAAGGAGCGUUGCGCAAAUAGCGACACAGGCGCGGUGAAGAAGGAGAAAAAAGACCCCAAAACGACGCAUAUCGGCGCGGACGUCAGCGCAUCCAAGUCGGAUGAGAGCAAAGUGACAACGGACAGAAAGCUUGCGACUGGCAAUUCCGACGACGAGAUGAUCCUCGAUUGUAUCACGGUCAAUCCGGACCCGUCCGACUUUGACACAUCUCUAUAUGACACCCCCUCUUCACCGGCCGACUACGAACCCGUUGCUGGCAGCCCCAAGAAGAGGAACUGGGCGGCACCGAUGGCCGCAUCUCUAUUUGACGAGAUUCACAGCCCAAGCCCCAAGAGGCGUCUUAUCAGAAGCCCUCCCACGACGGACUCCUCUUUCAAUACCGCCUUCAACAACCCCCCUCGCAACAUCAUAUCAACCGAAAACGUCGACCCCCAGGCCGACACCCAGACCCCAUCGCCAUCCAAGAUCAGGCUUCGCCUUACCUGCCCCACACCGAUGGCCGUCUUUAACAGAGUUAACCGCACCUCGGAUUAUGAACCCGAGGUGUCCAACAACUCCGUUGGAGGCGCGCCCGAGUUGACCGACGAGAACAUGGAGAGACCCAAGGCAGGAGAGAGUGUCGAUAAAACGCCAAAAGCGCCCCCCCGUCGCCGUAUUCGUCAGCGCAUCUCCGAUAAGAGCUGGGCUGAGCUUAAUGUCGUUGACAAAAAGGGCUUUCUCGAUACUUGGGCCAACAAAAGAACGCCUCCGCGACGCAAACUCCAGGAGUGCAAGUGGGUGCGCUAUCCAAAACCCGAGGGUUAUGUGCCGACGCCGGGGGAGGACCCGUGGGUGCCGAGGCUGGUGUUGACGGAUCCGGCGGGGUGGCAUUACUCGCUGGAGGAUUUGCGGUUUCCGACGCAGAGGGCCUUGCCGGGAAUUUGA